AUGACUUCUCAAGAGAGAAUGAGGAAAGUGAGGUUUCAAAAUGAGAAGGAGCCAGAUAACUCACUGGUCAAUAGUUCAGAUGUUCAGCUGAAAACACUCUUCGCUGUUGAAUGUUGCAAUAAGAACUACAACAACAAUUUCGGCGAUUUCAACCAAAUGAUUUUGAAAGAAAAGUCGCAAAAUAUUGUAACCUGGGCCUCUGAUCUGCCAGCGUCAUCAUCUGACAACCAACGAAAUCAUCACGAUGCUAAUGCAACAGCUGCUCAAAAUCCAACUGAAUUGCCGUGUUUAGUAAAUAAUGAAGUGAUUCGAAAAAUCGGUGAUUACGACUACCUGAGGACGAAAAAUAAACAGACUGGAUGCACGAGAAAAGUGGAGAACAAGGCUUUUGCUACUGCGACUGCUUUCAAUGAAAAUGGUUUUCAUGAUGACUCGCAUUGGGAGAAUUUUAACAACAAUUGUCUCGGUUGUUCCGAAAUUAGUCUGAUUAAAACGAAAUUAUCGAAACUCGAUGACGAUAUGAAGAAAUGCAUGCAAAGUAACAUGGAACGUCUGAAGGCAGUCACUGAACAGCUGCUGAAUGAUGACAAAGAGAGAAAUACAUUGUUUCUGAAGAAUGUCGAAACGGUGUGUAUUUUGGCCACUUUACUUCUGGCGCUUUCAUUGUUGAUCAAAAAUCUCAGAGACCAAGACAUUUCGUGCAACCGUGACAAGAAUUCGAGCCAGGCAUAA